UAUAUAAACACACAGCUUUCUUGAUUGAUCCAUCUAUCUCUCUGCUUUUGAUUUCAUACACGUACGUAAACGCUUUCUUUAAUGGCGGAACCGGUGGAGCUUCCUACUCGGAUUGGGAUUCUUCCGUUUAGGAACAAAGUAUUGUUGCCUGGCGCAAUUAUUCGAAUUCGAUGCACUACUCCCAGCAGUGUGAAAUUGGUGGAGCAAGAAUUGUGGCAGAGGGAGGAGAAAGGGCUGAUUGGCAUUUUGCCUGUUCGAGAUGCUGCGGAGACAAUGUCAGUGGGUUCCAUGUUAACACAAGGGACUGAUUUAGGAGAUAGAAGCUCAAAGAAUCAAACAGGCUUGUCAGAUUCUCACAAGCUUGAUGGCAAAAGCCAACAAGAACCUAUUCAUUGGCAUACAAGGGGUGUUGCUGCUCGCGCAUUACAUCUAUCAAGAGGAGUGGAAAAACCAAGUGGGAGGGUCACUUACACAGUUGUCCUUGAAGGCCUAUGCCGAUUUAGUGUCCUGGAGCUUAAUACAAGGGGCACAUACUCUACUGCAAGAAUAUCCCCUCUUGAUAUGACAAAGGCUGAGAUGGAGCGAGUUGAACAAGACCCAGAUUUUAUAGCACUGUCUCGUCAAUUCAAAGUAACUGCCAUGGAGCUUAUUUCUGUUCUUGAGCAGAAACAAAAAACCGGUGGGAGAACCAAAGUUCUUCUCGACACGGUCCCUCUGCACAAACUGGCAGACAUAUUUGUUGCAAGCUUUGAGAUUAGUUUUGAAGAGCAGCUCUCUAUGCUAGAUGCUGUUGAUGUCAAAGUAAGGCUUUCAAAAGCCACAGAAUUAGUUGAUAGACAUUUACAGUCGAUACGUGUGGCAGAGAAGAUAACCAAAAAGGUUGAAGGGCAGCUGUCAAAAUCUCAAAAGGAGUAUCUUCUUCGUCAGCAGAUGAGGGCAAUUAAAGAAGAGCUUGGCGACAAUGAUGAUGAAGAUGAUGAUGUAGCUGGCCUUGAAAGGAAAAUGCAAGGUGCUGGAAUGCCUCCAAAUGUCUGGAAGCAUGCGCAGAGAGAAUUAAGGAGACUGAAAAAAAUGCAACCUCAGCAACCUGGGUAUAACAGUUCUCGUGUUUACCUCGAGCUUCUUGCUGAUUUGCCAUGGCAGACAAUCAGUGAAGAAGUGGAGUUGGACCUAAAAGCUGCAAAAGAGCGGCUUGACAGUGACCACCACGGUUUAGAGAAGGUCAAGCAAAGGAUAAUUGAAUAUCUAGCUGUGCGCAAGUUGAAGCCAGAUGCUAGAGGCCCUAUUUUAUGCUUUGUUGGCCCACCAGGUGUUGGGAAAACAUCCUUGGCAUCAUCUAUUGCUGCUGCUCUGGGUAGGAAAUUUGUACGGAUAUCCCUUGGUGGUGUGAAAGAUGAGGCUGAUAUUAGAGGGCACAGGAGGACAUAUAUUGGAAGCAUGCCAGGGAGGCUUAUUGAUGGAUUAAAGAAAGUAGCUGUUUGCAAUCCCGUUAUGUUGCUGGACGAGAUUGAUAAAACGGGAUCUGAUGUACGUGGUGAUCCUGCUUCAGCACUACUGGAGGUUCUUGACCCUGAGCAAAACAAAACUUUCAAUGAUCACUAUUUGAAUGUUCCUUUUGAUCUGUCAAAAGUGAUAUUUGUGGCGACUGCUAAUAGGGCCCAGCCAAUUCCUCCACCACUCCUAGACAGGAUGGAAGUCAUUGAGCUUCCUGGAUAUACACCUGAAGAGAAGCUUAGAAUAGCGAUGCGCCACCUAAUCCCACGGGUUCUAAAUCAGCAUGGCUUGAAUUCUGAAUUCCUGAAAGUUCCUGAGGCCAUGGUAAAACUUAUUAUUCAACGAUACACUAGAGAAGCUGGUGUGAGGAACCUUGAGAGAAGCCUUGCAGCAUUAGCUCGUGCAGCUGCAGUAAGAGUGGCAGAGCAAGAGCCUACAGUUCCACUUAACAAAGAUGUGCACCAGAUCUCUUCACCAUUGCUGGAGAGUAGGCUUGCUGAAGGAGGGGCUGAAGUAGAGAUGGAAGUCAUAAUGAUGGGUGUUAACAAUCAUGAAAUAUCAAGUGCAUUCAGGGAUAUGUCACCAUUAAUCGUGGAUGAAGCUAUGCUUGAAAAAGUACUCGGGCCUCCUAAGUUUGAUGAUAAAGAAACCUCAGAGAGAGUUGCUACACCUGGGGUUUCUGUUGGGCUAGUCUGGACCUCCUUUGGUGGAGAAGUCCAGUUUGUCGAGGCUUCAUCAAUGGUGGGUAAGGGGGAGCUGCAUCUCACUGGGCAAUUGGGUGAUGUUAUCAAAGAAUCGGCACAGAUAGCAUUGACCUGGGUAAGAGCUAGGGCAUCGGAGCUAAAUUUGGCAACUGCAAAAGAAAGUAAUUUGCUUGAAGGACGGGAUGUCCAUAUACAUUUCCCUGCUGGUGCUGUGCCAAAGGAUGGACCUUCAGCCGGUGUGACCCUUGUCACCUCACUGGUUUCACUUUUCAGUCAUAGAAGGGUAAGAUCAGAUACAGCAAUGACGGGAGAGAUGACUUUGCGAGGUCUAGUUUUACCUGUAGGAGGGAUAAAGGAUAAGGUCUUGGCGGCACACCGUUAUGGGCUUAAGAGAGUAAUCCUGCCCGAGAGAAAUUUGAAGGACUUGGUUGAAGUGCCUGCAGCUGUUCUCGGAAGCAUGGAGAUAUUACUGGCCAAGAGAAUGGAAGAUGUAUUAGAACAUGCAUUUGAAGGUGGGUGCCCGUGGAGGCAGCAUUCAAGAUUAUGACACCGACAACUUUGAUCUAACAUAUAUCUCUAUUCCAAACUGCAAAAUCCAGAUCGUGGGUGGUAUAAAUUGUCAUAUCUUUCCUUAUAGCCCACUGGUAUGUAUUUUAUCAUGUAUGUACCAUACAACUACUUUUGCUCACUUUACAUGUUUUAAUGUGUAUAAACCAUUCAAUUUUUAUCAAUAUAUUUCUACUUCUAUC